AUGACCUCCAUCAAAGAGCAGGCAGCCAUCAGCCGGCUGCUGAGCUUCCUCCAAGAGUGGGACAAUGCCGGCAAGGCGGCCAGAAUCCACAUCCUGGAUAUGUUCAUCAGAUUCAACCACAGCAAGACGGCCCCAGAGCUGGAGCAGGAGUUUUCCCAGGGGGCCAGCUUGUUCCUGGUGCGCCUGACCACAUGGCUGAGGCUCACCUACAUGACUGGGACCUGCUUAAAUAAGCUGCUGAGGGCCAUUGGCAUCUUCCUCUCUGCUGUGAGCUGUAAUCGAUACCUCGUGGAGUUCCUUGAGGUUGGAGGAGUCUUAACUCUUUUGGAAAUCCUGGGGCUGGAGAAAAUAAAGGAAGAAGACAAAAAGGAAGCCAUCCUGCUACUCCAAAUGAUCGCCAACUGUGGACGGAAGUACAAGGAGCUCAUCUGUGAAAGCUACGGCGUGCGGUCCAUUGCAGAAUUUAUGGCCAAGUCCAAGUGUGAAGACACCCAGGAGGAGGUGCAGAUCCUGCUGGAUGCUCUAGUCCACGGGAACCCCAAGUACCAGAACCAGGUGUACAAAGGCCUGAUAGCUCUGGUGCCUUGCGCCUCCCCCAAAGCCCAGCAGCUGUCACUUCAGACGCUCAGGAUAGCCCAGGCCAUUGUGGGGACAGUGCACCCCACCAUAGUGGACUUUCUUAUGGGAGUACUGCGCACCAUGCACCUGGAAGUCCAGUAUGAAGCCAUCGAGCUCAUCAAAGAUCUCAUCAAAACUGAUGUCCGGACUACUCUGCUUAAAGGCCUGGUUGCGCUCCUGAAACCAUCUGCCAAAGACACCAACAAGCUUCAGCCCAAGAUCUUACAAGACCCAACAGUAUUCCAGGUCUCUGGCCACCUCCCUGUGUUUCUGCAGCAAGCUGCAGCUGCCAAGACCAUUGGGGUCAUCGCUCGAAGUUCCAUGGCUGUGGCCGAAGAGUUGUUGGCCCUGCAGGUAGUCAGUCACCUGAUGUAUGCCAUGGGCAACCAGGACCAUAGCAAUGGGCAGCGUCUGGCCAGCCUCACCUUGGAGUACUUUGUCCAGACAUUUCCUAUAGUGGAGGAGCAUGUGCACAUGGCCAUGGGGGAUAGUCUGUUUGAGCUUUUCAUGAGCAAUGCAGAGGACUUGUACAUGAAUAUGGACAGCAUCCAAGCUGACAUCCUGGCCUCCAACAAGAUCAACAUCCCUGAGGCUUUAGGCAUCUUCUCUUCCAAUAUCUCCCUGACUACCUGGAAGGGCUUUGAAGUCCCCAAGUCUGAGGAGGAAGAUGGCAUGAAAAAGGAGAUGGCUAAGGGUAGUGAAGAGCAGAUGAAGCUCCACUGA